GAACGAUAACUCACUGCCCCGAAUUGUUUUCGCCCGCUUCGCUUUACUGGCGGCAGCGCCAAAGCGCUGGGGACAUGUAAAACAAGGCCCGCAACGGCGCAUCCGAAGAGCUCGGUUCUUGGAGCAUUGCCAAGUUCACAACACCUAACGACGACGUACCGCAUGUACUUGUGCUCCUUGUAAUCUUCUCUCCGCGAUUUCUUCUAUACGCACGCGUCGUAAACAAUUCAUUUUGGUCUUGUAUAUAAACGGCCACGGAAAACUGCGAGACUCUCAUGCAGAGUUCUACACUUGGAAGGAGACAGAGACACACCAAGGCACUUACUACAUUGUAGCGUGGGCGCCGGGAGGGAUCGGGUUGGGGACUUGGGAUCGAUGGCGGGCAGCACGACGACGACGAUGACGGCGUCGCCGUUCCCGACGGUGGACAAGUGCGCGUCGGCGGGGCGGAGCGGGGACACGGUGGUGGCGGACCUGGACGGCACGCUGCUGUGCGGCCGGAGCUCCUUCCCCUACUUCGCGCACAUGGCCUUCGAGACCGGCGGCGUGCUCCGCCUCCUGGCGCUGCUCCUGCUGGCGCCGCUCGCGGGCCUGCUCUACUACCUCGUGUCCGAGUCCGCCGGGAUCCAGGUGCUCAUCUUCGCCUCCAUGGCCGGCGCCAGGGUGGACGACGUCGAGGCCGUCGCGCGCGCCGUGCUGCCCAAGUUCUACUGCUCCGACCUCCACCCGGAGUCCUGGCGCGUCUUCUCCGCCUGCGGCCGCCGCUGCGUGCUCACCGCCAACCCCAGGAUCAUGGUGGAGGCCUUCCUCAAGGACUACGUCGGCGCCCACCUCGUGCUCGGCACCGAGCUCCUCGUCUGCCGCGGCAGGGCCACCGGCCUCGUCCGCUCCCCCGGCGUCCUCGUCGGCGACAACAAGGCCGCCGCGCUCCGCCAGGCGUUCGGCGACGCCGCGCCGGAGCUCGGACUCGGCGACAGGAAGACGGACUACCCCUUCAUGCGGCUCUGCAAGGAGGGGUACGUGGUGCCCCCGACGCCCAAGCUCAAGCCCGUGCCGAGGGAGGACCUGCCCAAGCCCGUCAUCUUCCACGACGGCCGGAUCGUGCAGAAGCCGUCGCCGGCGCUCGCGCUGCUCACCUUGCUCUGGAUCCCCAUCGGCUUCCUGCUCUCCUGCCUCCGCAUCGCCGCCGGCUCGCUCCUGCCCAUGCGCAUGGUGUACCACGCCUUCACCGCGCUCGGCGUGCGCGUCACCGUCAAGGGCAACCCGCCACCGCCGGCCAGCCUUGAGACCGGCCAGACCGGCGUGCUCUUCAUCUGCUCCCACCGCACCCUCCUCGACCCCAUCUUCCUCUCCACCGCCCUCGGCCGCCCCAUCACCGCCGUCACCUACUCGGUGUCGCGGCUGUCGGAGAUGCUGUCGCCGAUCCGCACGGUGCGGCUGACGCGCGACCGGGCGGCGGACGCGGCCAUGAUCCGGCGCCUGCUCAGGGAGGGGGACCUGGUGAUCUGCCCCGAGGGCACCACGUGCCGGGAGCCCUUCCUGCUGCGCUUCUCCGCGCUCUUCGCCGAGCUCACCGACGAGAUCGUGCCGGUGGCCAUGGAGAACCAGAUGAGCAUGUUUCACGGCACCACCGCGCGCGGCUGGAAGGGCCUCGACCCCUUCUACUUCUUCAUGAACCCCAGCCCCGGCUACGUGGUCACCUUCCUCAACAAGCUGCCCCACGAGCUCACCUGCAAGGGCGGCAAGACCAGCCACGAGGUGGCCAACUACAUCCAGAGGCUCAUCGCCUCCACCUUGUCCUACGAGUGCACCAGCUUCACCAGGAAGGACAAGUACAAGGCGCUCGCCGGCAACGACGGAUCUGUCGUCUCCAAGCCAAACAUUGACAAGAAGAAGUUCAUGGGCUCCUAAUCAAAUUUGAAGCCUAAAAAAUACUAUCAAUUAUUAAAAGAUGUAAUGUAACAGGGGACAAACUCAAUGCCUUUGUGCUGUUGAUCUGAUAUACAUAUUCUAAUGCGGGCUGCUGGAUUAAUGCACCUUUUCUUACUAAAGAAACAAGAGCAA